UCCUAACGUGACGCAAGGUGGCGCUAGUGUGUCAUUUAUAACCAUAUGUUUCCGAACUUUGUAACAGUCGCAGGAAAACUUCGGACAUAGUCUCGGGAUUUGGGACAUGCAGUAUAAGUAACAUCAUCUUCAGACGUCUGGGAUGAAGAAAUGAAUGAAAUCGAGGUAUUGUGAAGAUGGCCUGAUCCCAGAGCCCCGUCCCACAGACUGACAGGACGGAGAGCAGAGAGAUGGAAGGUGCUUGGGAAAUUGCAUUCGUGCUCUUCCAGGUGUGGCUGUCCAUUGUAGUGGGGCUUAUCGUGUUACCUGCCAUGUUUGGUGUGUCCCUGGGGUUCACAGAUAUCUACAUCAGGGUGCUGGUUAAGACACUGGAGUGGGCGACUCUCAGGAUCCAAAGAGGACAGAAGGAACAGCCAACACUGCCAUCACAGUCAGCCAACGGGAUCAUUGAGAAAGAUGAUGGCUCUAUGGAGGAGGAGAUCGGAGAGCUGCGACGAUCCCAUCCUAAAAAUCUGGUGGGGGGAGACUUUACAAUGUGUGAUGCCUUCUAUUUCUGUAAAAAAGGCAUUGAGAACAUUGUUGAGGAUCAGGUGACUCAGCGCUUCACAUCGGAGGAACUGGCUUCUUGGAACCUCCUCACGCGAACCAACAACAACUUUCGUUACAUCAGUGUGCGGCUUACCAUCAUAUGGGGCCUGGGAGUUUUUAUACGUUACUGUAUCUUGUUGCCUCUGAGGAUCACGUUGGCUGUUAUCGGAUUGAGUUGGUUGGUGAUUGGAACUACUAUUGUUGGAUUGCUACCUAGCAGCAAUGCGAAGAACUGGCUCAGUGAUUUGGUUCAUAUUACAUGCUACAGAAUAUGUGCCAGAGGCCUGUCUGCUACCAUCCGCUAUCAUAAUAAAGAGAAUCGGCCGAAAAAAGGAGGUAUCUGUGUUGCCAACCACACUUCCCCAAUUGACAUUGUCAUUCUGGCGAAUGAUGGAUGUUAUGCUAUGGUAGGUCAAGUUCAUGGAGGCCUCAUGGGGGUCAUCCAGAGGUCAAUGGUGCUGUCCUGUCCCCAUGUGUGGUUUGAGAGAUCCGAGAUGAAAGAUCGCCAUGCAGUUGCCAAAAGGUUAAAAGACCAUAUUGCUGAUAAAACUAAGCUGCCAAUCCUGAUCUUCCCAGAGGGAACUUGUAUUAAUAAUACAUCAGUCAUGAUGUUCAAGAAGGGAAGCUUUGAAAUCGGUAGAACUAUAUACCCAGUAGCAAUCAAGUAUGACCCUCAGUUUGGAGAUGCCUUCUGGAACAGUGCCAAGUACAACAUAGUGAGCUACCUCCUCAGGAUGAUGACAAGCUGGGCCAUCGUGUGCAACGUGUGGUACCUCCCACCUAUGACUCGACAGGAUGGAGAGGAUGCGGUUCAGUUUGCUAACAGAGUGAAAUCAGCCAUAGCACAUCAGGGAGGACUGGUGGAUUUGUCCUGGGAUGGAGGACUGAAGAGGGAAAAGGUGAAAGAGUCAUUAAAGGAGGAGCAGCAGAAGAUGUACAGCAGUAUGAUCGUAGGCUCGGACUUUCAUGAAGCCUCUGUUGGUCCCGCAUAAAUUUCAUCUCACACUAUUUAUGAACUUGAUCUUAAAGUGUGAAACACUUCUAGCUCAGGGACUGGACACAAUCAUUCAGCAUCCAUCGGUGUUGCUCCUUAUGAUUCAGCCAUAUCUUUUUAAACUUGAAAAUGUUUUCUUGAGAUCUGAACUUGUCCUUCUUUGUUUUUAAAUAUGUACAGAAAUCUUAAAAUUGUGAUGAUAUAUAGUCACAAGACAUGCUUAAACACUCAGACUUUCACUUUGUUCUCAAGCGUUGCUGGGAGUUAGUUGUUGUCUCUAGAUUCCCUCACAAAAUAUCCACUUUGUGCAUGUUCAUAUUGUAUUUCUCAGGUCCAGUGGGCUGUUCCUUUUGAGGACACUAGAGGUCACUGUUACCAAAUGAAAGACACAUCAGACAGCUCACUAUAGUGAUUGCCUUUCCUAAUAAAAUAAUGAAAUUAAAUAUUCAUCUCUCCAAGCAUCAAUCGUUUAAUUUCACAUGAUAUUUAGCAGUCCUAUUAUAGUAGCCUACCGCUCCUGUUCUCAAAGUACACAACGUGAGCAAAAGCAGCGUAGAAUGUAAAUACACAAUUACAUUAAGCCUUUUCGGCCCUCCGCGAAAAGGCAAAUCUGUCUCCCUGGUGUCAAUUAGUGAUGGGUGAUGCACAAAGCACCAUUGAGCUCUUGAUUGCAGCAGCACCAGCUCAUUUUACUUAGAGCUCCAUUGAAACGUCUGCCAUUAUAAAGUCAUUAGGCGCUAAGAUUUCGCUGCGGAAAGUGGACAGAAAGUUUCCCAGCACGGGGAAAAGAAGAGGGUGAAGUCACAGUAAAUUCAAAGAGGAGACGGUGAGCAAUAUGUGCUUGCGGCGAUGGCAGUUUAAUAAAGAAAGCAUAGAGUGUGAAAUAGAACAUAGUUAUUCUCUGGCACAGAGGGCUGGAGCAGGCUUAGCUUUCUCUCUUUCUCUCCGUCUCAUCCUGAGACGAUCCACAAGCCCCCGCGAAAGGCAGCGGCGGGCUUUAAUAACAGUCCUGCAACUUAAAUUGCUUGAACAGAAAUGUUUGUUCUCCCCUAACAGGAUUGUAAAUUAUUAAUCGGAUCUGAAGCCGAUUUUAUAACCUGAUUGUUGAGGUGGGAUUCUCCACGAGCAGUGCUCUGGCACACCAUUUACUGUGAUGUAUGUGUCUGCACAUCUUUAUAUCCAAUUUAAUGUGAUUCGGAUAGAUUUCAAAGCGACAUCAUAAAAAGCAUGGAAGUGACCCCGGCAGAGCCUCGAAUGUAGACUCCGAGCGACAGGCGGCCACGUCUCGGUAUUUUGAUUCGAUUUUCCCGAUUUCUGUUUUUACCCAGAUGUGAUCUAUACAAAUGUAAUGCCAGUACACUCAGUAAAUAUGAAUGAAUCACUAAAUUAGAUCAUUUUCCUGGAGAAUGUAGUUCAAGCUGGACAUCAUUUUAAAUCACAGUUUGCCUGGAACUGACUGGCUUACCUAAUCAGAAGGGUAAAUGACCUCGCUUCUGCCUUGGACCUGCCAUUAGUUAGAGCCGAAUGUUUUUUAAAUACAUUGGUCCACCAUCUUUUCUGUGACUCGAGUGGACCUCCUACACUAAUGCAUGAGAUCUUGAGGUACAAUACGUCUCUGAGGGAAAAAUCAAUAGAGGAAUACUGGAAGAAGUGUUCUGCAGACUCUCGAAAAGCUCGGCACCUCACGAGGAGUUUAGUGUUUUAGAAUAUGCUCAAAUACAACCUGGAUAAAGCAUUAGCCUACACAUGAUUGGAAAGCAUCUGCUCAUUCUUUGCAUUUGAAUUAAAUCAUUUA